AUGAGCGCCUCCGGUGCGCUGCUGCCCGCGAUCGCGUUCGCCGCGUACGCGUACGCGACGUACGCCUACGCCUUUGAGUGGUCGCACGCGAAUGGCAUCGACAACGUCGACGCGCGCGAGUGGAUCGGUGCGCUGUCGUUGAGGCUCCCGGCGAUCGCGACGACGAUGUACCUGUUGUUCUGCCUGGUCGGACCGAGGUUGAUGGCGAAGCGCGAGGCGUUCGACCCGAAGGGGUUCAUGCUGGCGUACAAUGCGUAUCAGACGGCGUUCAACGUCGUCGUGCUCGGGAUGUUCGCGCGAGAGAUCUCGGGGCUGGGGCAGCCCGUGUGGGGGUCAACCAUGCCGUGGAGCGAUAGAAAAUCGUUUAAGAUCCUCCUCGGGGUGUGGUUGCACUACAACAACAAAUAUUUGGAGCUAUUGGACACUGUGUUCAUGGUUGCGCGCAAGAAGACGAAGCAGUUGAGCUUCUUGCACGUUUAUCAUCACGCCCUGUUGAUCUGGGCGUGGUGGUUGGUGUGUCACUUGAUGGCCACGAACGAUUGUAUCGAUGCCUACUUCGGCGCGGCGUGCAACUCGUUCAUUCACAUCGUGAUGUACUCGUAUUAUCUCAUGUCGGCGCUCGGCAUUCGAUGCCCGUGGAAGCGAUACAUCACCCAGGCUCAAAUGCUCCAAUUCGUCAUUGUCUUCGCGCACGCCGUGUUCGUGCUGCGUCAGAAGCACUGCCCGGUCACCCUUCCUUGGGCGCAAAUGUUCGUCAUGACGAACAUGCUCGUGCUCUUCGGGAACUUCUACCUCAAGGCGUACUCGAACAAGUCGCGCGGCGACGGCGCGAGUUCCGUGAAACCAGCCGAGACCACGCGCGCGCCCAGCGUGCGACGCACGCGAUCUCGAAAAAUUGACUAA